AAAUGGAAAAUAGGUGUCCUGUAAAGCGCUUGCAUUUUCUCUUGGAAAAUGCCAACGAGAGGUUUCUCCCACUCCCAUUCCCAUUCCCAUUCCCGUUCCCAUCUACCAAGAAAAAGCAAACCCAGACAUAACACACCACCUCUCUGCUUGCUAUCUUCCUUCAUCCCUCCAUUCUUUUCAUGAACAUCCAAAUCAUUUUCUUCUUCUCAUCAACGCUUUAAACACAACAAUCUCUCUUUCUUUCUAUUUCACCUCAUUUUAUACACCAAAUCUCUCUUUCUUCCUUAAUCCUUUUCCUUUCUUUUCCUUUCCUUUCCUUUCAAUUUCCUCUCUCUCUCUCGUUCUAUAUAAAGUGUUUUUUUUUUUGAAUCCUGGGAUUUUGAUUUGCUUUUGUGUUCUUCAAACCCUAAAUCGUCUUCUUCUUCUUCUUCUUCUUCUUCUUCUUCUUCUUCUCCUCUCUGUUUUCGGUUUGUUACUUUUGUUUGUUAAGGCAUUGCUCUGUUCUCGGAUUUUUGGCGUUCUUAACGUUUGCUGAGGUUUACCCAUUUUGUUUUCUUCCUUUUUCGUUUCUGGGUUUCUUUCAAUUUCUGUUUUUUUACUCUUCGUUUUUUUUAGCUUUCCCAUGCUAUUCAUCGGGAGAACUCGGACGAACAGGAUUUUUGCGGAUCUGGCAUUCCGUCAAUGUCCUCUGCAAUCGCUACAUUUUUCCAUCUUGAAUUUGUUUCUCGUCUUUUGAUUUGUUGAAAUUCAUGGCUGAAACAUAGGGGGUUCUUUCCUCUUACUAUUUUGGUUCUGUAGUGAUAAAAAAAAAAUUCCCUUCUGGGUUUGAUCUUCCUCUUUUCCCUUGAAUCGAUUCUUCUUCACAAUGCUGAAGCAGAUCCUUAGCAAGCUUCCUCGAAAGUCAUCUGACUCGUCCGAUUCACCGAGGACGCCUCGGUCUUCGUCGAACCGUGCAAGUCCGAGAAAUAGUACUACGUCCUCUGGCCAUGGGACCCCAAGAUCGAGCGGUGGAGCUUCUGCCUCUGGACGGUCUAAUGCUACUAAGAAAACUUCUUCUGCAGUCUUCCCUGCGAGUCUUGUGGCUGGAAUCGAGCCGCUGGUGCCUUUCAAAGACGUGCCUUCUUCUGAGAAGAUGAACCUCUUUGUGAGUAAACUGAGCCUUUGUUGUGUUACCUUUGAUUUCACGGACCCAAGUAAGAAUUCCAUUGAAAAAGGUGUUAAAAGACAAACGUUGAUUGAGUUAGUGGAUUUUGUUGGAGCUGGGACUAUGAAAUUCAACGAACCUGCAAUUCAUGCUUUGUGUAAAAUGUGUGCUGUUAAUCUGUUUAGAGUUUUUCCACCCAAUUAUCGGGCUAACAUGAUUGGUGGUGGUAGUACUGGUGGUGAAAAUGAUGAUGAUGAGCCUACGUUUGAUCCUGCCUGGCCACAUUUGCAGCUAGUUUAUGAUUUGUUACUCAAGUUUAUACAUUCUUCAUUUGUUGAUGCUAAGGUUGCAAAGAAGUAUAUGGAUCAUUCGUUUAUCUUGAAACUGUUGGAGUUGUUUGAUUCAGAGGAUCCCAGAGAAAGGGAAUGUUUAAAAACGAUUCUACAUAGGAUAUAUGGGAAGUUCAUGGUUCAUCGGCCGUUUAUACGUAAGUCUAUCAACAAUAUCUUUUAUCGAUUCGUAUCUGAAACAGAAAGACAUAAUGGUAUUGCUGAAUUGCUGGAGAUAUUUGGGAGUAUAAUCAGUGGGUUUGCAUUACCUCUUAAAGAGGAACACAAGAUCUUCUUGUGGAGGGUUUUGAUUCCUCUGCAUAAACCGAAAUCUAUAGGUUCUUACUUCCAACAACUUUCAUACUGCAUUACGCAGUUUGUCGAGAAGGAACCAAAACUAGCGAGUGUUGUGGUUAAAGGAUUAUUGAAAUAUUGGCCGAUAACGAGUAGUCAGAAAGAGGUGAUGUUUCUGGGUGAGUUAGAGGAGAUUUUGGAAACAGUUAACAUGGUGGAAUUCCAAAAAGUCAUGGUUCCCUUGUUCUGGCGAAUAGGAUGCUGCAUUAACAGUUCUCACUUUCAGGUAGCUGAAAGGUCCCUUUUCUUAUGGAACAACGAUCACAUUGUAAACUUGAUUGGGCACAACCGACACGUGAUAUUGCCGAUCAUACUCCCCGCAUUAGAGAAGAAUGCACAGAGCCAUUGGAACCAAGCAGUGGUGAACCUGACCCUUAACGUUAGAAAGAUAUUCAUGGAGAUGGAUGAUGAGUUAUUCAUAUCCUGCCAUGCACAAUUCAAGGAGGAAGAGGUGAAAGAAACGUUAGAAGCAAAGAAACGGAAGCAGAUAUGGGAGCAACUCGAGAACGCUGCAGCAAAUGUGCAACCAAUGACGGGGAAAACUGCUGUGCUGGUAACUCCUUUAGCAUCCUCAAUAGCUUGCUGACCGUUGAUGAGUUUGUUAUCCAUUGAUGAGAUGAGAAAAAAAGAAGAAGAUGAAGAUGAAUUUCAAUCUCACAUUCAAACCACCAGUCCUCCCACAGUCCCACCAUGUUUUUUCUUUGGUUGUGUGGAAAAAAGCAAAGGGAAUGUGAAUGUGAAAAGAAGGGACAUGUUUGGUUUGUGUUGGUUGUGGAUGAUGGGGAAAUUGGAGUAUGUAAUUUUGGGUUUGGUCCUUCUCUCUGGCAAGCCACCAUGUAAUGUUAAUUAUGAUGUUGGAUAUGUUAACUCCUACUCUGCAAGUUUAUUGGAAACUUCUUGCAGUGCAUUUCACAAAUCCCUUCUUCCCUUCUUAAA